UUGUCAGAUCAUCAUUAGAAACAUUAGCUUGAUAUAAAUGAAAUGUCUUACAGCUUCAAAUAUUAAAAACUAUAUAGAUAGAUUUGAACUUUAAGUCACAGGGAGCUGAGGAAACGUGUUUGUAUAAAAAGAAAGACAAAGACAAUUGGAGGAAAAUUUUGAGGUUGGUUUUCUAGUUAUAGUCAGUUAAAUUCAUGGUUGGUUUUUGUCGGGGCAAAAUGGCAAGUCCGAGCAAAAAGGCAAAAAAACCGAUCACCAAGGUGUUAAAUGAUCCCAUCCAUGGUCACAUGGAGUUACACCCACUCCUCAUCGAGAUCAUUGACACACCUCAGUUCCAGAGACUUCGAUUCAUAAAGCAGCUUGGAGGUGUCUACUCAGUUUACCCCGGAGCAUCUCACAACCGCUUUGAACACUCGAUCGGGGUGGGAUACUUAGCAGGAAAACUUGCUGAGGCUCUCAGGUCGAGGCAGAAACUCAAGAUCACUGACAGAGACGUCCUUUGUGUUCAGAUUGCUGGCCUCUGUCAUGACCUGGGUCAUGGACCCUUUUCCCAUCUGUAUGAUGGAAUGUUCCUCCCCAAAGCACUGGAAAAGAAGGAAGAAAUGAGAAGAAAUGGGGAAUUGGGAGAAGAGGACAAAUUGGAGGAAUGGAAGCAUGAAAAGGGCUCUUGUGACAUGCUAGACCACCUGGUGGAACAGAAUAAUCUUAAACCAGCGAUGAAGAAGUAUGGACUGAUCCCUGAAAAAGACAUGACAUUCAUUAAGGAGAUGAUUGCUGGACCUCUACAUGAAUCUAAAAGCGAGAAGGCAAGUUCACCUCAUUAUGUUAUUCAGAAGUCGGAUAAGAUACUGUAUGAAUAUAACAUAAGAGAAGAUAAAACUUUAUUCAUCCCACAACGGGCAGAAAAGAGCAAGGAUAGCCAAAAAAGAGCACACAGUGCACAAGAUGAAAAGGGCUAUUGUGACAUAAUUAACACCCUGGUGGAACUGAUUGAUCUUGAAAAAGUGAUGAUGGAGAAGUAUAAACUGAAACGUGAAGAUGUGAAAAACAUUAAGGAGAUGAUUGCUGGACAGGAAUCUAAAAGCAAGAAGGAACAGAGUAAGCUUGAACAAGAGAUGAAGAAGAAAUACAAACUGAAACCUGAAGAUUUGAAAAUCAUUAAGGAGAAGAUUGCUGAAGGCAAGAAGUGGCCGUACAAAGGGCGUAAAGAAGAAAAGUCCUUCCUCUACGAAAUUGUGUCCAACAAAAAAAACGGCGUUGAUGUGGACAAGUUUGACUACUUGGCCAGGGACUCUUCCUACCUGGGGAUCAAGAACAACUUUGACUUUCAUCGCUUCAUGCAGUUUGCCAGAGUGUGUAAGGUUGAAGGCAGGAACACUAUCUGCACCAGAGACAAGGAGGAGGGCCAUAUGUACGACUUGUUCUACACAAGACACUGUCUCCACAAAAGAGCCUGUCAGCACAGAGUAAGCCAAAUCUUACAAGAAAUGAUUGCAGAGGCUUUUUUGAAAGCAGACGACUACAUUCAGAUUGAAGGAUCAGGAGGGAGGAUGUUCACUCUCUCUACAGCCUUUAAGAACAUGGAGGCCUACACAAAGCUCACAGACAACGUGUUUGAGGAAAUACUCAACUCUUCCAGUCCUGAGUUACAAGAGGCAAGAGAGAUUCUGCAAAAUAUUGUCUCUCGAAAGAUCUACAAGUUUGUUGGUGAGAGAAAGCCAAAGAAGACCAUCAAGGAUUGGAAAAACCUGAAGCUGGAAAAAAAAUGGAAAAAAACAUUGGCUCAACCCCUCCCUGACAAGGAAGAAGACAACCUGACACCAGAGGACUUUGAAAUCCAGGUCAUUAACAUGGACUACGGCAUGAAAGACAAGAACCCUGUCGAACAUAUGCAUUUCUACAGCAAAUAUGAGCCUGACGUGGCAAAGCCAAUGUCCAUAGAAAAUGCAUCCAGGAUUGGCACAACGAUCUAUUCUGAGCAGCUGAUCAGGGUCUUCUGUAAGAAGAUUGAUGAACAGAGUGUGGAGGCUGCCAGACAGCACUUUGAACAGUGGAAGUUCAAGAUGUAGCCAAAUCUGCUUGGACCUGAGGGUAAUUAAAAGGCCAUGGAAAUGACUCAACAACAUGAAUAACACAGAAUUAUUUCUUAUUCAGACCCAGGACUCAUGUUUUUUCUAGCUUUUAUCAUAUACAUGUUGUAUUGUUGUUUUAAAUUGUUGACUCCCUUCUGCAUCUGCAUAAGUUCCAACAACAUACAACAUGUUUUUAUUGAGGACAAAGAUAAAUCAUAAUAUAUAAUAAUAUAAACUGUUACAUAGACACACAUAACACUGGAUACUUACACAGCUAGCAGCUGUAUGGCUGUUGAAUACCAUUUAGGUAAAGAAAGCCAUUAUUGAAAUCCAACAAUCAUUGUCUCAAACUGAAUAUAUAAACUGCAUGUUUCUGAAUUGAUUCAGCUUUUGGUCACAUUUAUGCUUCUUUGUAGGUUGUGAAUUCUUUUUGGUUGGGGAAAGAUGUAUAGCACUCCCAACAUGUGUAAUGGAGUGAAUAUUUCACUUGUGGUUUUAUUUAGGGAUUUAUAAUACUCAGUGGUGUUUUAGUUUUGAGGUUAAUCGUUUGAAGAUUGAGGACAUGAGAUUAGAUUAUUUGUCUUUGAGUGGUGUUUAAUGAGAGAUGAUCAUAUGUGAUGUUUUGGUGACUGGUAUUAUCUUAUAUUAUAUUACUUUGUAUCUGCAGUAUUUAUUAUCACUAUUCAAUUUUAAUCUGUUUUAAAAUGAGUCUUAUUUUGGGCAUGUUUUAUAAUGUCAUCUUCUUUUGAGUUUAUGAUUCUUACUUUAAAAACUGGAACUUUUGAAAACCUUUAUUUGCAUCUAAAAACUUGAAAUUAGAAUUAAACAAUAUCUUUUUAAACGUAUCCAUCAACUACCUUUCUUCGAUGGAUGAUGAAUGUGUUUAAAUGUAUGACACACUUUAAGUGAAGCUAUAAUUGUUUGACGAUUGGUUCUUACAUAAUGCAUCUAUGAGAACCUUUCAAGUGUAUUCCUGUUGUGAUGGGUUCAUAUCUGAUAACAUCUGCAUAUAUUCAAAAUAAACAUCAGAGAAAAUCCUGA